CAGGCAGCGGGGAGGAGCCUGAAUAUAAACCAAACAACCCUCCACACCCUGCAGUCUCUAAAAGUUCCUCCGCAUUCCUUCCUGCUAUAUGCAUACACACAUACACACACAUAUACACAUACACAAAGCUGGGAGGAACCACACAUUGAGGCUAAGGUGUUCAAACAGGAGUUUGAAGGGGGUGUGGGCCUGUUGUAGCACCAGAGACCAGAACCUCAACAUCAACGCUCCCAAGUCUCAGCAUGAGUAAGGCAGGUGGCGAUGAAGGUGGCGGUGGCAGCAGCAGUGAAACAGCCCAGCAGCCGGAGGCUAAGACUUCAGUGGGGAAGGCCCUUGGCAAACUCAGUGCUACCACUAUUGGACCAAGCUGGACUAAAGUUGGUUGCCCCUGCUGUGUAUCGGAGCGGGUCGAGCCGUUGGUUCUGGUGAAGCUCGGAGAGAAAGUUCGCCCUGAGACGAAAAGGUGGCUCGUCAGACUGAUUGGAGCUCCUCAGAAAGAUGGAGGUGCUGCAUUACUGGCCCACCCAGGCGAGGAUGCCAGUGGUGACCUCAUUGUGGUCUCUGCCCCACGCUGUACGUUACUUAAAGCCACUGAAGAGUUAGGUCUAUGUAAGACUUACCGCAACAAAGACAUGGAAGCCUUUUCCUACAAUGACAGAGACCGCUUCAAAGAUUCAGACAACAUGGAGGUGUUCCUGACCCUGGCAGAGAGGCAGUACAUAGUGAGGUAUGAGCUGGAGGGUAUGCGGGCGCAGAAAGACCUGAGAAUACCCGGCCUGUCUGACAGCUACAUACUGCAUCAUCGUUCCAACAUCUGGCGCAAGCUUGUGUCAGCUGGUGUUAUUGUGGACACGUUUCCCCUACACAACCCAACCAAACUGAGGGAUCUCAGUAAAGCUUGGUACUCUGGGAAUCAGCUGGCUCAGCCGCUGGAUUCAGUCAAUGGGUACUUUGGAACACCUGUGGCUUUCUACUUCAGCUUCCUUGAUUUCUACACCUGGUCUCUGCUCCCACCAGCGAUACUGGGCCUGUCUAUUACGUACUUCUCAGGUGAGGUUCAAAAGGAGAUAGGGGAGCCAAGUGUUGAAGAUGACUCAGCACCAGCUGUCACCGGUCACAUGAUCCAGGCGAUCUUUAGCAUGCUUUGGUCCACUGUGUUUAUGGAGCUGUGGAAGCGUCGGAGUGCCACCCUGUCCUACCGCUGGGGGACCCUGACACUCGCUGACCGCUUCGCAGAGCCCCGACCUGGUUUCCACGGCAACAUCGGGGUCAACCCAGUGACAGGUCGUAUGGAGCCGCUCUUUCCUGAUUGGCAGAGGGACCUGCGCAUGGCACUGGUGUCAGUGCCAGUGGUGGGGCUGUUUCUAGGGUUGGUGGUACUGGGGAUGCUUUGUUUCUACUGGGGGGAGGCCCAGGUGCAACAGCUACACAAAGACUGGGACUCCCUGCUGUCUCAGACUUUGCUCUACAUACCCUCAGUGCUUCACAUCGUCUAUACUAAUAUGCUAGGAAAUGUUUACAGGAUGGUGGCACAGUCUCUGACUGAAUAUGAGAACCACAGAGAGGAGUCUGCCUUCGAGAACCAUCUGACAGCCAAAGUCUUGGUGUUCACCUUCUUCAACAACUUUGCAGUGCUCUUCCACAUUGCCUUUUUCAAGCAGGAUGUGCCUUUGCUUCGCAAGCGUUUAGCGUCUCUGCUGAUAGUGUCCCAGCUGGUGAACCAAGUAACAGAGGUGGUCAUACCCUACCUGGUGGACCGCUUUAUCAGCGCCCCCAAUAGAGCAGAGAGUGAAGACGACCCACAGGAGGACAAAUAUAGGAACCAAAGCACCCUGCCUGUUUUUCCUGGCUUGUUUUCAGAGUACAUCGAGCUCCUGGUGCAGUUUGGGUAUUUGAGUCUUUUCUCCUGCGUGUAUCCUCUGACGGCCGUGCUGCUGCUCAUCAAUAACGUAACGGAGAUCCGAACGGACGCCUACAAGAUCUGCAAACUAUUCCGGAAACCCUUCUACGCCCCUGUGGCCAACAUGGGCGUGUGGCAGAUUGCUUUCGAGGUCCUGAGUUUUGUCUCCGUUGUGUCCAACUGCUGGCUGCUGCUGCUAUCACCGCGGUUACAAAAGCUGUGUCAGGAGGGCGGGAUGAGCGGCACAAACAUUCUGCUGUCGGCUGUUUUGGUCGAGCAUGUGCUGAUCUUAGUUAAGGUUGUCUUGGCGGUACUGAUCCCUGAUGAACCGGACUGGAUCCGGAAAAAGAGAGAGCGUAUUGAGUACACAUCCAUGCGGGCCUUGAGAGAGCAGAAACUGCAUCAAGAGUCUUGAUUGCGUUGAGCUGUUGCUUCAUGUUGUCCUGUGCUGGGCUGCUACAACCAGAAGAUAGUACCCACUUCAGUGUUGUGUGGACUCACAGAGGAGAAGAGUCUUCGAGCUCUAACAGGCUAACAAUGCAUACUGCUGUGCCCCUAAUUCACUCACCCUGUACACUUAAGUGUUUCUGCUGCUUUCACUUAUUAACAUGUGCUUCUGCACCAUGUACACCAUUUUAAAUGCACACUCAUAUUACAUGUACACUGCAACUGCAAUCGAAAUAGCAGCAAAACAGUUUUUUUUAUAUUAGACUGCAAAUUAAAUGUAUUAGUUAUAUGUGCUGAAACAAAGAAUUUAAAAAAAAAGUUAUGAUAAUGGAGGUUUUCUCAGGGUUUGUUUAGAUUUAAUGAGGGGAAACUGGAGAGCUCUUGUAAAAUCACUAUGGCUACAGAAUGUACAGUCAAUAUUUAGAAUAGUAAGACAGACAAGACAGAGUAUUUGAUGUAGGGGCAGGGUCAAAGACCAAUGUUUUCUUUCAGGAGUGUUUUUGCUCAGAUCACCUUGUGAUAAACUACAGUGAGUGUUUAGGAUUCAUAAUUAUUAUAAGAUAAGGUUAAAACUGUAUUUAACCUGAGGGAAAUUGCUGUACAGCAGUUGCAAUACAAUGUGGGAAGAGUGCAAAUAUAAAAGUGUGUAAUAGAAAUAAAAGUCUUUAAAUCAGCUUUAAUCAAUCUUUUUGUAAUAGGGUAGGCUCAUAAUAAUAAAACCACAGAGAAUUAUCACCGAUCAGUGCAGUUCCUCUCAGCUGAACAGAUCCUUUUUUUUUAGCAUCUUUUAGCUCAUUGUUGUGGUAUUUUGGCCUGCAACUUUGCUGUUUUGAUCGACUAUCACCGGUCUCAUCAACCUCAAUUCAGCUGUUUUCAGUAAAAUAAACAACCUCUGAUAAACCCACUGUAGGCUACCAAACAGCAGACAGAAAAAGUAAGAAACUAGCUGGUGGAGCAUUUAGCAGCUAAAGGGCCAGAUAUUCCCCUCUGGAGACCAAAGAGAGAGCUAAAAGCAGAGUUAAUAUUGGCUAUCAGAUGGACAGAAACUCUAAAGGAAUGCUAAUGUUGUUCUGUAAACAACUGUUUUCUAACAAGUUAGCCAUGUCAACCUCAUAAAUCGAUACUAUUUUAAUGUUGUGUUUACAGUGUGUUGCCCCCAAGUGGCCCAAAACAAAACUAUUGCAGCUUUAAUUUCAGAAAAUCAAUAAUCUUGUCCAUGGCCUCAUCAAAUAGAAAAAAAACCUGAUUGGAUUGUAAUCCUUUUCAAGGGGCUGUACUCAACAUUCAGAACAUUAAAAUAGCAGCAAACUAAUAUUUGCUAUGUAAAGAUAGAGUGGAGUAAUGGCGUCUUGAGCAGAGAAUGAAGUCACACUUGGUCUGUGAGAACCAUGUGGAGGCAAUCCCAGCCCGCUGUUUUUAUUUCUACAGUCUUUCGAGUACAGCCUCUUUAACUUAAACUUGCAGUCUAUGUUUUCAGUAAAAGUAUGGUACCAGGUGAGUUUAGUCAGUUUACUUUAAAAAGUAAAUAUAAUAAGUAAAUAUGUAUUUUACACAUUUAUUUAAAAUUGUUCUACAACAAUAAGUUUAUUAUCUGUUAUUGUGCUGAAUUCCCUUUCCUGUCUGAAUUGACAUUUAAGAACUGUAAGAAAUCAUAAGAAACACUUAAAGAUUUGCUUCUGGUUGAGUAGUUAGUAGAAAAAGUUGCACUUGUUCUCUCCCUCGAUGGUACUGCCCUCUCCUUAAAUAAUAACAGUAUGGUUAUUGGACCAUGGCACAUCUGUAACAUGAGAUUAUUACAGUGGGCUAUGUGCCAAUAUUCAAUUUGCGUUGAGAGUGAUAGGGAGCUACCAAAGGACCGCUUUGUGCUUUGCUAUUAGAAAUUAAUAUUUUUAUAGUGUGUAUUUCAGCCUUAACUUACUUGGCAAUCUGUGGUGUGUCUCUAAGUAUGACUGCUUGAGCACUGUGCUACGACAACUAAUUCAACUUAUAGUCUAACACUUUUACAUUCAUACUAUUAGUGUUGUUUCACUGUUCACUGCGGGCAGAUUUGACUUGAAUGCACUGGGUAAGUCCACCAUUUCUUGCUCAACAGUGGUGCAUUGUUUACUACUGUAUAUGAGUUAUUGAUUUUAGGAGUUAAUAUUCUUUUCAGCCACCAGGAGACACUAUACCGACUACACAUACACUACCCUUGUUAUUCCACAUGCAGCUUUUCACAAGGCUGUAGAAGGCCUGCCUCAGUAAAAUGCAGAUGGCUGGUGAGACUUCCUCAUGCGGCUGCACAUGUGCACUCCUCAAACUGACACUAAUAAUAUUUGUGUGUGUGUGUGUGUGUGCGUGUCUGUGUGUGCGUGUCUGUGUGUGUGCUCUGUUCUGAAGGGUUGAGAUGAGUUAGUAAUGAACUUUUAGGUAAUCUGGUCCCAGGAUCAGGAUUAAGGUGACAAUGUUUGCUUAUUCUGUCCUGCAAUAAACUCACAGUAAGGAA